AUGCCAGAUAUUGAAUCGGACGAGAAACCGUCGACGUCCAAGGAAGCCGCGUCGACGUCCGCUUCAGCUUCAGCACCUUCUUCUAGCAAAAUGCCAGAAAAUGCAGCUCCAAGUAGUCAGGACCCAGCUUCUAGAGGAGACCAGAUUGAGCUUCUUGCUAAGGAAGCUGAAGAACUUCGAAAAAAAUUAGAUGCAGAACGGCAGAAACUUAAUGAUAUCCCAAUUCAACAGGCAGCUGAACGACUGCCUGAACUUCAAAAUAUGGGAAUUAAACAAAGACGGAUUCUGAAAGGUCAUGUCGGAAAAGUACUUUGCAUGGAUUGGUCGUUGGAUAGACGUCAUAUUGUAUCCUCAUCCCAAGAUGGAAAAGUCAUAGUUUGGGAUGGUUUUACUACUAACAAAGAGCAUGCUUUAACUAUGCCCACAACCUGGGUUAUGGCAUGUGCUUACUCCCCAACCAGCACAAUGAUUGCUUGCGGAGGUUUGGAUAAUAAAUGUAGUGUGGUGCCACUAUCGUUUGACGAUGAUAUUCUACAAAAGAAAAGAAGUGUAGCUACCCAUACGUCUUAUAUGAGCUGCUGUAUGUUUUUGCGCUCUGAUAAUCUACUUCUUACUGGAAGUGGAGAUUCAACUUGUGCUAUUUGGGAUGUUGAGAGCGGUCAAAUGAUUCAAAAUUUUCAUGGUCAUACCGGAGAUGUAUUCGCCAUCGAUGUACCCAAAUGCGACACUGGUAAUACUUUCAUUUCAGCUGGUGCAGAUAAACACUCAUUGGUUUGGGAUAUACGAACUGGACAAUGUGUGCAAUCUUUUGAAGGUCAUGAAGCUGAUAUUAAUACUGUUCGAUUUCAUCCUAAUGGUGAUGCUUUUGCAACGGGAUCUGAUGAUGCUUCAUGUCGUCUCUUUGAUCUUCGCGCUGACAGACAAGUUUGCGUUUAUGAGAAAGAAUCUAUCCUUUUCCCUGUUAAUGGUGUAGACUUCAGUCUGAGCGGACGUAUUCUUUUUGCUGGCUACGGCGACUACCGGGUUGGUGUCUGGGAUACUUUGAAAUGUGCCCGUAAUGCUGUUUUAUACGGCCAUGAAAACCGUAUUAGCUGUCUCCGUACUUCUCCUGAUGGAACAGCAGUCUGUAGUGCCAGUUGGGAUGCCACUAUUCGAAUCUGGGCUUAA